AUGGAGAAGUUGAACACUGAAGAUGGACAACUCUUCAUCAAGAACCUCGCCAGCUUCGUUCGUACUCACGAGAAGGCGCUCGCGAACGCUUUGCAGCUCCGACGCCAAUCCAAAAAUGUGGUGACAGCGCAAUCGCCCGCCAGCGCCUCGAACUCGAACGGCUCAGCCUUCUCUCCCACCACACUCGCCUCCGCCUUGUCUUUUGGGGCACUGAAAUUUACCUCGCAGAGCAUCAAACCCGCCAAACUCACCCUCACUCCACACCAUCUAUUCUAUCUGCUCUCACAGUUCGAGGAUCUUUCUAUUGCGGUGGGCCCAAUGAACGUCCGACUGGAGAACAUUCAUACCGAGGUCUCUCAGUCCUACGUGUCUUUCCUGAAUAAGCCACAACGGUCUAAGGGCGAUGGCGCCUCUAUCCACUCCGUCUCCAGUGUUCGUAGUGUUAUGUCGGGCAUGAGUGGUCUCUGGUCUUCAUUUGGUCUAGGAUCCAAGGACUCAUCAUCCAAAUCGGAAAGGGCCAAGGUUGCUCUAGAGGCAGACCUCAAAUAUCUUUACUCCGCAUUCACCAAAAUCCCAUGUUUGCGCCUUGCCCGGACCACCGAGCCUAUCAUUGACAUAGACUACCGUUCUUUCUAUGGCUGGGACCGACUGUCUGAACAGUUGCGAACUCUCUCCAUUAAGCGGGCCCAUCUGGAUGACCCCGCGGACCUGUUGACACGCAUUGUGCUAGAUGACAUGGACAGGCGACGGCGACGUUCGACAAAGUCUCAACAGUCACCGCCGCUUGGAUGGACGAAUAGCAAUUCCACACAACCUGUCCGCGCACCGGAUCAUACAUCGCUGUCUGCCCCUGGCUCGCCUAUUGUCGGCAACGCACUGGCUAGCAGCACCAGCCCGAGGUCCGCACCCAUGAUUCGAGGCAGUUCUGAAGGCGGGAAAAUCCGUUCAAGAGCAGACAGCAUCUCACCAACUCGCCCGACCACGAAGCAGAGCCACCAGCGUCACGCCCGUGGUCAAUCGGCGCGAAUUCGACGAACGGGCUCCGGCAGCUCCAAUUCGAGUGAUAAUUCGGCUGGCUAUCGGACUGGAAGCUCCUCCACCCUUCUUCCAGGGGUUCUACCUGCAUCGAAAUGGCGAUUCUUGCGCCAUUUGGGUUUACCUGACAAUGCGUUGACGUCGAUCUCUGCUGCCAGCCUGGCUCCUGUGGCCAACUCCCUGAACUCGCUUGAUCUCUCUUCAAACCUUCUGACGGAGAUUCCCGAUAGCCUGGCAUCUCUCAUGGCGCUCCGAGCUUUGAACCUUUCCCACUGCAUGAUUGAGUCUCUGCACUCUCUCUCACGCAAUCCCCUUCCGGCUAUAACCGCCCUCAACCUCCGUGGAAACCGACUUCGCUCGCUGGCGGGUAUCGAACGCCUGCUGUCUCUUGAGAGACUAGACCUUCGUGACAAUAACCUCAUGGAUCCGACCGAGUUGGCUCGUCUCACCAGCCUCCCUGAAAUACGGGAGAUCUGGGUGUCCGGCAACCCUUUUACCAAAACUCACUCCGGUUACAGAGUUGUGAUCAUGAAUUUGUUCCGUCGCACCCCGGGAUACGCAGAAGAUAUCAUCAUCGAUGGCCGGGGUCCCGGCUACACCGAGAGGAAACAACUUGCCGAACGAGUCGCUGAGCCUGAAAGUGCUCCGGUGGUUCGCUCCAGUGUACCUGACCAGUCCACCGUGGUGCAUAAACCCACUAGCACGGUUAUUGCUCAAGGUAUCCCUCUUCCCAACCCAAAAGAUGAUGAAGUGGAAGUGUAUGCCAAGACGACACAGCGGAAAGAUCAUGAUACAGGAACUGGUCGCCGAAAGAAAACCACGCGUCGAAGAAUCGCCGAUAUAUCGACGGAUAACCCAUUCACGACGGACGGUUUGGGUAGUUCAGGACCGUCAAUGCCGCCAGUCUUGCCCAUACAGCAAAUUCAUUCUCCGAUCAGCCCCUCCAUCAUCCUCCCAUACGACCAGCAGUGGAAGUUGGAUAGUGCGACUCAGUCGGGAUCCUCCAGUAUACAGAGCCCUGUCAAGCCUGGACAGUUGGCGAGCUCAUCUCACGCCCAGCCUGCUUUUGUGCAACCGGCGGCGGGAAAGGAUUGGGCCUUGGAUGAGGUACUCUGCCGUCAGCAACUAGAAGCUCUGCGACAGGAAGUCGGACAGAAUUGGAUCACGGUCCUUGGAGAUCACCCUUGGGAUAACUCUCAAAACAAUUUACCUGGUCACCUUACACCGAACGGAUUGGACCACUCACCAAUACCACCAGCAUCCAUCGCUCGGUCGACUAGCCAUGCUAUAUUGAGCGGCGGUCACAUAUUGGGCGGCUGA